UCAGAUGUAAUAAGCGACGUACAAAGAACGGGCCCCUGGAACACCUAAAGUGUUUGUUGUUGUUGUUGUUGUUGUUGACGACAUCACGUUCUCUCCCUAAAACAAAACCUCGCCGAAUUCCUUUCGUUUUUGGCUGUCUGCGUUGAGAAAUGUUUAGGGAACAAAAUGUUGGAUUGAUUGAAUAGAUAAAAAUCAAUAGCCUACGUUUAUCCCUUUAAAGAACGUACUGUAAGGAGCGGAAAAGAGGUAGAAAAUUCAUCUCCAGGGAUGAAAAAGAGUGAAAAGAAUAAAGAGGAAGAGGAGGAGGGCGCGUAACGGGACAGAACGGAGGAAAACAAGUUUUAAAGUCCAAGAAAACUAUGGAAUUGUAUGAUUUUUGACAGCAGGGCAUAAUUUGCAAAACACAUUCCACCAAAAGAAGUAAGUAGCUAUAGCCUACCUCUAAAAACUAAGCAAAACAGCAGUUUUUAAGAUACAUUGUGUCCAAACGUGCUAGCACACGGCUACAUCUACAUACUUUUAAGUAAGUAGAAUGUAGCCUAUACAUUACGUACAAUACGGAAAUAUUUCAUGUUUAUGAUUUAAAACUAAUUUCCAAACCAGUCAGUAUUUGUUAAGAGUUAAUGUUUCGGGACAUUGCUUUUUCUGAGGUUCUACAGUAGAUUGCUCCUCAUGUUCUGAAUGUUGUAACGUUUCUACUUACCCAUCAUGCACUGGAAGGAUCUGAGUCUUCAUAUAGCUGAACUUGAGAAGCAACAAGAAGAGCGAAGACAGAGGGAAAAGGUCUGAAUGAAAGACUUGGACAGGCUGACAGUAAACUGGCCAGCAAUCACAGGGCUGAGCAGUGACAGAGAAACCUGUGAGGACAUGGAGGACGAAUGCAACACUCUGACAUCAAGGCUUCAGAGCCAGAUGAAUCUACAGCUCUGCUUCAUCAACAACAGUGAAAGUGAAGAAGAAGAAGAAGAGGAAAUGGAGUCAAAGAAAGAGAUGUUAAUCUAGACCACACGGAGGGGAUCACUGGAAAUUCAAACAAUUUUGUUUUGUUGGAGAAGACGUGGUUUCAGAUGCAAAGAAUGGGAGGAUGAAACAAGGACGCCCCCUAAGAAUCCGAUUAGGAGCCAGCCGACAAUGACGAGUGUGCCUACUGUUUGGUUUGAAACAGACAAGGGGGCAGACGGCCAGCUUUCCUCCUCACAGAAUUCUUCAGUCACUGGCUCCUGCAAUAUUGACGAGUCCUACAAGUACAUAUUCCUUCCCAUUUGCUACUCCUUUACCUUUGUCUUCAGCAUAAUCCUUAACUUUGUAGUUCUCUACCGUUCCUUUCGACGCACCAGGCGCUGGAAUGCUUCCCUGAUUUACAUGGUGAACCUGGCCACGACGGACUUCAUGUAUGGUUUGUCCCUGCCCUUUUUGGUUGCCAGUUAUGUCAUGCGGGACGACUGGGUGUUUGGAGACUUCAUGUGCCGUCUAGUGCGUUUCCUCUUCUACUUCAACCUCUACUGCAGCAUCUUCUUCCUCACUUGUAUCUCAGUGCACCGCUACCUUGGCAUCUGCCACCCCAUGAAGACCAUCACCUUGGAGACCAAACGAGCAGUAAAGGGGACUUGUGUUUUGGUGUGGAUUGCUGUUUUUGCACUAACAUGCCCAAUUUUUCGUUUUGCACAGACACAGUAUCUUCCACGGGAAGGUAAGGGCUCAAGGGAGGAGGUGUUCAAUAAUUGCUGGGACGACGCAAUUGAUAGAGAGUUCCAUGAUUACAUUCCUUACGGGGUCACACUUCAUUUCUUAGGGUUUUUUGUGCCUUUUACCAUCAUUGCCUGGUGCUACUCGCGAGUAGUGUUAACAAUAUUUCGGACACUGCACUCUCAACCUCCUCCUCAGAGAAUCAGAAGUGGGACGGGGUGUGAAAGUGUCGCAGGGAUCGGUGGAGAGGGCAUGUCAAUCAUCUUGGGGGCUCAUUCACCCUACAUCAACAGGCGGCGCAAGUCCAUCAAGACCAUCAUUACUAUCACUCUCCUCUUUGCCCUUUGCUUCUUCCCCUUCCAUGUCACUCGCACCAUUUUCCUACUGCUCAAAGUGACGAGUAGGGUGCAGUGCCACACCAUGCGCAUGGUUUCCAUGUGUUAUAAAAUCACUAGGCCGCUGGCCUCAUUCAAUGCGUGGCUGAAUGCACUGCUUUAUUUUCUUACUAAAGAGAAAAAUGCGCCCUGCUGUCAAAAACCUGAAAAUGCCCAGCAUGGCCUGCUAUGGCCACUUAGAAUGCUGGGAAAAGGAGAGGAAGAGGAGAAUGAAAUUGAGGAUACAAGGAACCACAAAAACAACGGGUCAACAGUUGAAAACAAUAUACAGAGGUUUGCCUUAAGGAAUGACCAUGUAAACAAGUGAAACUGGUGGACAUGGCUUUAUAUGGGAUUAAUUUCAAACAAACUGAUGUUUUUGUUAUAUUCUCUGUAUAUUGUUUUUGUAACUCUGUGUAUUCACAUUUAACAUGGAGGAUCUUGUUUUUGUGUCUUUUCAAGACCCCUUACAGAUUGUUUUACUUUUUGAUUGAUUGGAUGGUUAAUUGGUUCUUGUAAAAAAUAUAUUAAGUUGAAUAUUGAUUUAAUGUAUAAUAAUUGCAAAAACACACAGAAUAAUAAUCUAAUUCAUAGGGUGUAUUACGUUUGCAGUUAUUCGCAUACCUCAGGGUGGACACAUUAUGUGCAGGAACUAUGUUUAGCGCUGUCAUGGAUUAAUAUGUCAUGUUGUGAAUAAUUAAACUGUUCUAAUAAA